GUGGUUUGGAUUGCUCUAUUAUUGAACUUUGAUGGCAGAUCUCGAUAGUUUGGUGUGUACAGAAUAUUUGUGAAUCGUCGAUAAAUUUGAUAAAACCAAAUAGCGAUGAAUGUCAGCAACCUCUAUUCGAUAAUACUCAUGGAUCAUGCAUAUGCUUCUACUAAAAAUGAUAUUGAAGAAGAGCCUGGGAAAUUACCUAAAUGUGAAGUUUUUAUAAAAACUGAAGGUGUUGAGAUCAAAAUUGAAGAACCUGAUAGUUAUGAAGGAGAAAAAGAACAUCUACAUUUUGAACCCUGUGACACUACAUUUUACAAUCCUGAUGCAGCCCAUGAUAAUGCUGAUAUAGAAUUUAUGAAUCAUACAUCAUUUGAAACAAAGAGUACCUCAAGACUGUUUCAUGGCUCACAAGACAGAGAGACAAAUCGAGGAAGUCUUGAAAAAUCAAAGUCCACAAGCAAACUUAUUCAGGAAAAUAAAAAACUGAAGAAAACUAUAACAAACUUGCGAAGAGAAAAGCGUAAAUGCUCAACAAAUAUUGAACGCAAAUCUAAAGAGUUUUACCGUGAUCUCGAUAAAAUGCACAUUACCCAGUCUGCUCUUGAGAAAGAAAUAAAGAGUUUAAAAGAGGAGAAUGAACAGUAUAAAACAAGGCUUCUUUGUUAUGAGAAACUUAAGAAACAUCACUUUGAUAUGGAGACACAAAUUCUUGAACUCCGAAGACAGGCCCACAGAUUCAUGAAAUAUGAGAAAAUGUCCUUAGAAAACAUAAAAUCUUUAGAAAUGGAUAAAGACGCCAAAUCAAAUGAAACCAAAGCUCUCAAAAAAAGAUUAACUGCAACUGUGAAAAGUUUAUCUCUAUUGAAGAUGAACUUUACUAAUCUACUGAAUACAUAUAAGAAGAAAGCGCUCAGGGCAGCUGAAUGUGCUGAGUUGAAGGAGAAGUUGAAGUCCGCUGAGAAAAUGACGAAAGUUUAUGAAGUACUCCUUAGCUCAUCCAAAAUGCAAUUUGAAAAGAAAAUACGAGAAAAACAACGAGAUCUAGAUAUAGCAAAGGCGGAAACAGAUUCACUGACAAAAAUGGUUAGAGCAAAAAUUGCCACAUGCAAUAUUUUGGAAGUGAAAUACAAAUUCUCAAUAGGGCAGCAGAUGCAAAAAAUCCAAGCAAGUCAUGAGGAAGUUGCUUCCGCUAAACAACAAAUAACACAAUUUAGUAACCUUUUGUCGCAGAAAACUUUGGAAAAUGAUGACUUGAGAAAUACUAUUCAUAAAUUGGAAAAAGACUUAUUGGAUAUAAAAAAGAAGGAUUGUAAUUACUGUAGACUUUAAUAUGUGAAAAAAUGUCUACUGGAAAGUUGAAAUAGUGAUAUAUUUCCGUUUUAUGGAAGUGAUUCAAAGUGUUUUUUAUACGUUAUAGUAUAUUGUGAAUUGAAAUACUUGGAAAUCAGUAUUUGAUUUAUUUACAAAAUAAAUCUUUUAACAGAUGAA